CGGCACCUGCGCCACCUGCCGCUCAAGGUAACACGAGAUCACCAGUCUUACGUGAACUGUGGUGAGAGGAGUAUUGCGCGUUGAGCUCCAGCGUUGAUCUCCCCCAUGACAUGUUGUUGCCCUUGGCCAGAGCCCCUCUUUCAUAAAAAAAAGGACGCGAGGUGAGGGUCGGGGAGCGAAGGCUGUGCUGACAUACAACAAGAGAGCACCGGAACAUUACUGUCUGAAUGAACAACACUGGGACUACAAUGCGAGGCACCAGCGACCUUUUGGUUAACACACCGCCGGUCCAGGAUCCCUUGAGGUGAGGCGAGGUGGUGGUGGUGAUGGUGAUGGUGGUGCCGCGGCGCAAUGGAGCGAUGGUAGCGAUGGGCUGGCGGCCGGCGUGGUAUGCCGCAUUUUCCUUCCUGCUGGUGCUGCUCUCCAGUCAAGGGGCGAGGACCCAACUCCCCGGGGCCCACGCGGAGGCCCUGGAGGAGGACUACACCUCACUGGCAUACGACUACCCGGCAGGGGACCUUGAUUAUUACGAAUAUGUGGACUACGAUAGCCAUUUCGUACCCAACCUGGCUAACACCACUCUGUACAAGUGCCGCUGUCAGGUGGACCAGGUGUGGGGCGACGACCGGUGCCAGGACGCCACCACCUACGUCACUGUCAUUGACUUCUGGACCAAGCACUAUGUCCUGGCUAACGCCAGUGACUUUGGCGAGGUGGAGGUGGGCGAGGUGAUGUGUCCCGAGGGACACGUCAAGGUGGUUCUGGACUAUAACAGUGGACUCCGUGAUGGCUUCUCCCUGCUUGAGAACGGCGGACUGUUCUGGCGCGAUGACACCUUCCCCGACUAUUGCAUUGAACACACCCUGGACUCCAGCGGGAAGCCCACGUCCAUGGAGGCACACGUCUGCCUGCCGCCCCCGCCCAUAUCUCUGUGCUGCCCGCCGGGACACGCCUUGCUCCCCAACGGCACAUGCUACCCAGACGCCGCCGCCGUGGACGUGCCGCUGUCCAUGGAGGUGGAGGGGCAACACGCCACGUGGAUCAUCGAGAGUGAAGGCGUGGUGACCAACAUCUCGUGUGGCCCCGAGGACACCUACUACAGGAGACUGACGGAGGCCAACGUGACUCUGGUGUACCACCCGCGGGGCGUCUUGCUGCAGUGGCUGCCGCACACCCUGAGCAACCAGCCCAGGGACAGACACCAGUACUGCCUGGGAGUGGAGGUCGGAGAUCCCGGCCACGCCCCGCAGUACUCUACACUAUUCUGCUACAAGGACUUAAUCGCUGCCCACCACGAGGCGUGCUACAACGCCACCUGCGUCAGGAAGUGCUGCCCGGAGCACAACAUCAUGCAUGACGUGGAAUGCGUCCCAGUGCACGACCCCAGCAAGGAGUGGACGCCAAAGUUCCACCGGCGGGAAUCCCUCAGCCCUGACGCGCCGCCCCCUGAGGACUUGACCAUCGUGCACGGGAUGCCGCUCUGUGAAUCCUUCUUCAAGCUGCAUCCUGACAAGACGGAGGAUGACCGCUACUACUUGCUGGAGGACGGCAAGAUGCACGCCCCGUCCUUCCCAGGCUCCUACUCCGCCAUGCAGUAUUGCAUCGACAACUUCAUUGGCAAGGACCACCCGCUGCAGGAACACGCGCUGCUCUGCUUCAUGGAUGAGACACCUUGCACCAGGGUGCAGUCCAUGGCCUACCCCGCCCUGCUGGCCGUGUCCUGCGUGUUCCUGACCAUCACGCUGCUGGUGUACGUGAGUGUGCCCGAGCUGCACGCCAAGGUGCACGGCAAGUGUUUGGUGUCGCACGUGACGGCGCUGCUGCUCGCCUACCUCUGCCUCAUCAUCGUGCAGUGGGCCUCAGGACGACUCCCCGACGCCGCCUGCAAGAUUAUGGCUUCCCUCAUCCACGUCAGCUUCCUGGCCGCCUUCUUCUGGCUAAACGUGAUGUGCUUCGACAUCUGGUGGACGCUCAAGUCGAUGCGUCCCGUGGCAGAGACUGGGGAGCUGUCACGUCUGCGCUUCAAGAUGUACUCCAUCUACUCCUGGGGCUGCCCGGUCUUCAUCAGCUUCGUCGCUAUCAUCGUGGACUCCCUGCCAGAGGAUUUUGAUGUCAUCCGCCCCGGCUUUGGUGAAAAGAAGUGCUGGUUUGGGGACAACCAGCCUCUCUGGGCGUACUUCUACGGGUUUGUGCUCACGCUGGUGGUGGCCAACAUUCUGUUGUUCUGUCAGGUGGCCUACAUCCUCAUCAUGGCCCAGAACGAUCCCAUCCUGCAGAGAACCCGCCAGCAGAACAGAGAGAGGAUGUGGCUGUACAUCAAGCUGUUCGUGGUGAUGGGCCUCACCUGGAUCAUGGAGGUCAUCUCGUGGCAGGAAGGAAGCUGCGAGCCGUGGAUCAUCCCAGACGUCAUCAAUGCGCUCCAAGGUUUCUCCAUCUUCCUUAUCUUCAUCUGCAAACGCAACAUGCUGAAAAGAAUCCGCAAUAAUUGGGAGCCGUACCUGCGGCGGAUGAAGGUGUUCGUCGGGUCCUCGCGCCAGCCUGACUCAGUGAAAGGGAAGGGUGCCCAGGACACCUCAUCCUUCACCUCUUCCGUCAACCGCCCCAGCAGCCAGUCCGGGGCCUCGCAGCGCACUGUGCAGAGCCAGAUUUCUCUGGACACCAGCUCCGCCUUCAGGAAGCUCUCCACGUCCUCCAUGGUGUCCACGACGGGCGUGCAGAUCCACAGCUCCAAUUCCCUGUGCAUGGACACCAUCACUGAGGCCGCGGCGUCAGAGGCCGAGGAGAUGAGCCAUGAGGGACACCCGCCUGUCCGCGGGGACACACAGCCUGCACCACUCGGGGGAGAGGUGCCCCAUGGUGAGGCAAAGGAAGACACAGAGGCCAAUGAAAGGUCAAAGGAACCAGCGCCUGUGGCGGUGGAGACCGAGGCUGACAAGGAGGGUCAGGCAAGCCGCGCCACCACGCCCUCUAGUGGCGAGGAUGCCGUGCAGGACACGCCCACAGCGGACUGCACGCAGGCCAGCAACAGCAGUGUGCAUGGCGAUGUGGAGAGUGUGACGCCCCAGGAACACUACAACCAAGCCUACAUCGCCGAGGAGCUGGAGGAGCAGCCCGUGCAGGUGUAGCAGGUGUGACGCUCGCCUAGCUCCCACAUUCCCUCUUGCCUGGCAUGGCGGCCAGGCACCGUGUGUGUGUGUGUGUGUGCGUGUGUGUUAACUAGAUUAUAACUACAAUUUAUGGUUUAUUUAUAAACUAUAACUAUAAUUUACAACUGCGUGUAUGCCGAGUGUCGCUGCCACACACUUGUUGAAGUGACACGCUGACACUACGCAACUUAAGACAAUGUGUGUUAAAAUGUGAAGUGAAUGGGGUGUUCUUGAGACACCGUUACAAAUACUCUUAUAUAUUGACAUGGCUGCCUCAGCUGAUAAUGAUGAUAAUGGUGAGUGGAGGCGUCAUCAUGAAGGCGGCGAGAAGGAAAAGACAGUAUGUUGGCCGCGUCGUGCCAUCGUAUUCCUCCCUCCCGGUGCUCCGAGGACAGUGUGAUGGCGCAGGAAGUUUAAGUGGUGCAAUAAGGAGCAGUGUGGUGCCGGAUUAGGUUCACUCAGGUUUAUUCAGAACUCGGGAUCAGCGAAUGCGUGAACAACAUGCCAGAUGUACAGUUCGAUGCCUCAUUUGCGCCCUGCCGUCACAGAGUAUCACCUGCUGCUCUGAGGAUGAAUUCGAUAACCGGUAUAUUCGGCUCACGGUUUCAUGGGAUGGUUUGACUACUCAGAUACAUUAUUUUCGUGUCUAAUGCUAUUGUUCUUGCAUUUUAUGUGAUUUUCGUUACCUCAAUAGUCUUCUUUUGGUUUCCAAUGGACCACACUCGAUAAGGGACGAAUUCUCUUGUAAACACUAAACAUAACGAAAGCGCAGAGAUGAUAGUGUUUACAAGCGAAUUCGUUCCUCAUCGAGUCCCUCAUCCAUUGGAAACGAAAACAAGACUUUAUUGAGGCAACGAUGAUCAUGUAAUAUGUAAGAACAAUAGCAUUAGACACUAAAAUAAUAAAACCGUCCCAAGAAAUCAUGAGCCGAAUAUACCAUCUACCGAAUUCAUCCUCAGCGCAGCAGGGAGAUGCAAACUCCGUGACGACAGGGCGCAAAUGAGGCAUGUUGUUCACGCAUGCACUCAUCCCGAGUUCUGGAUAGACCUCGAGUGAACCUAGAACGGUAUCGUAGCUAGUUUGAAAUGACCAAGUUCGCACGCAGCCCUAUUUUCACUGCCAGACGUAUGGCUCAUAUACUCCAGCCCAUAACAAUGCACAGACCUCCCUGUACCCCUUCAUAAGGACACUUUUUAUUCUCGGAAGAAUGUUUAGGCGUUGGCCGAGAUCCGUUAGCUACUAUGUCUCAUCACACAAUUUCUCUUCAAUAUAUCAGUUCUUUUUACAUUUUAUUGGAAUUCAAAUAUUAGAUAUGAGUUAUUUAGCUUAUCAAACCAUUCAGUACUACGAAUGGUUCGGGUUUUAAGAUAAUAGAACACUAACCUAACCUAUCCUAAAUAAUGUGUAGCAAUACCUAACAUUAUCUCGCCUAACCUGAACCUACAUAACAUGCCUACUACUACUGUUGAAUGGUGUCGGCUGAAGACGUCUGUGGCGUCGUAUGGCGUCGUACGUUAGGCAAUAAAAAUGGGGCUGCGCGCGCACUUGGUCACUUGAAGCUAGCUGGUCGCUUUGAACCUACUACUACACCGGAACAGUGUCAUGAGUGAUGAAAAAGCCUCAGUACCUUAGAAACAUUUACCUUCACCUCCCUCAGUCCCCGGAAGCGCCCUGUCCCUCUCCCUCCCGAGCCAUUCUCCUCCCCCUCCCUUCCUUGGCCAGCAGCGGGUGUAGGUGUACUUAGUCUUGUGUAGUUUUGGGUAAUGUAUAACCAGGAGGAGGAACGUGUAGAGAACAUACAUUAUUUCCAUACGUGUGUCAGAUAAUUCUCAGAUAUCAUGAUUAUUACCUCAGGCAACUGUGCAGAGACCUCUUCUCAAGCAUUAUUGGUCGUCUUUUCUUCCCUACACUUCUACAGAAAUGUUUAGACGUUGGAUUUUUUUUUUUUUUCUUUCCUUGCCAUUUACUAAUUUCGAGAACAAAACUUAUUUUCGUGUGAGUUUUGAUACAUGUUGAAUUUGUCUGACGUACUUUUCUCUCGCAUGUCACGUGUUUUUAAAGGAGAAGGAGCAACCUGCUGCCCGCAAGCCUUUUUUAUUCUUUUCAGCGAGUGAUAAAAAAAAAAAAAAAAAAAAAAAAAUCAUAGUUGUUUAGGGUGAUCGGCAAUCUUCAACAACACAACCGCCGCUGUACGUACACUACAUUAAUGCAUGGCAUUUAUAAACUGUUAAAUGCCACUUCAUGAUCUGUUAACCUUACCUGUAUUAAGAUGCAAAAUUGGAAGGUAGGAGUUUAUUUAGUGGCAUUACUUUUAAUUUAGCAAUGCUUUUCACUACAGUAUUAGUUUACGACCGAGCCUGCUGAUGUGCACUGCUGCGUUGCUGCCUCAGACUCACAGCCUCUUAAUUUCCGAAAAAAAAAAAAAGAAUAAUUGUUGAAGUUCCUUUUCUUCAUGCAUUCUGCAUGAACGUUUAAAUAAAAUCAAAGAGGUUUGUGUGAAAGUCUAAAUAAAGAAAAUAAAUAAAUAAAUAAAGCUGAGAAAUGAAUUUAGAUGUUAUUUUGUAAAUAAAAGAUACGACAAAAAAAAAAAAUAACGCAAUAGGUAAGGAAAUAUUAAAACAAGAACAUAAGAUGGGAAAGCAAUCUUGAUUAUUACUGAAAGAUAUUAUAAAGAAUGACAUUUUACGUUAAUUUAUAUUAAAAAAAAAAAAAAAAGGAAACAGCAAGGAAGAAAGUGUAAAAAAGGAUGACUCAUUUGUUAUCUAAAUGUUUCUGUGGAAGUGUUAAAAAGACAAAAAAAUAAGUUGGGAAAAGCUAGAUAUAAUUACUUACAUAUAAAGAAUGACACUUCUCUUUAGUUUGUAUAAAGGAUGGCACAAUAGGUGUAUAAAUGUUUUUGUGAAAGUAUUAGAUUUAUUUUAUUUUAUUUAUUUAUUUAUUUUAUUUUUUAUGUAGGAGGGACACUGGCCAAAGGCAACAAAAAUUAUAUAUAUAUAUAUAUAUAUAUAUAUAUAUAUAUAUAUAUAUAUAUAUAUAUAUAUAUAUAUAUAUAUAUAUAUAUAUAUAUAUAUAUAUAUAUAUAUAUAUAUAUAUAUAUAUAUAUAUAUAUAUAUAAGCCCACUGAGGUGCCAAUCCCUAAACAGUCCAAAGUAAUCUUUUUUUUUUUUUUCUAAAGGAUAAGCGUCUUCAAACCUCCCUCUUGAAAAAAUUCAAGUCAUAGGAAGGAAUACAGAAGCAAGCAGGGACGAGAAAACAAUUAAAAUAAUUAAUGAGAUAUUAGAAAGGGAGAAAAAAUUACUUGCAUUAGAGGCCAAGAACCUGAUAUACACUGUCAAGUGUCAGAGAACACUUUUAUCGUCUUUACCAUUCUCUUAUACCGUGUUCUGGGGUGUGCUGCUGGUGGUGUGUUCCCGUUGGUUGCUCAGUGUGUUGCUUUAAAGUUGUUUACUGAAUGUUGGCGUGUACUGUGUUGGGGAAACCGGGAAGUGGCAGUCAUACGUAUAUGUUAAAAAUAGUUAGGAUAAAAGGUGGCAAGUGACAAAAUGUUUCCUAAAAGAAAAGUCACGGGGGAAGGGGUUUAAGUAACAAUAUGACGUGUUUGUUGGAGGAAAAAGUGGGAGAAAAAGGGGAAUUAAAUACAAUUAUACGUCUGUGUAAAAAAAAAAAAAGAGGAAAAAAUGGGCAAGUGACAGUUACACUUACUUUUAAGAAAACUUCGGAGAAGAGAAACAAAUGGAUAUAUAUAUAUAUAUAUAUAUAUAUAUAUAUAUAUAUAUAUAUAUAUAUAUAUAUAUAUAUAUAUAUAUAUAUAUAUAUAUAUAUAUAUAUAAUCAUUGGAGAAAAGUUGUAAAGGGAAAAGAAAGAUAAGUCACAAUUAUGUGUAUGAUGAUAAAAAAAAAAGAAAAGUAAAAUAUUACGAAAGUUAUACAUAAAUGUUAAAAAAAAAUGAAAAGAACGGGAAGUGAUGGUUAUACGAUUAUUAUAAAGAGAAGAAAAAAAUUGACAAAUGAUAAUUAUACAUUUAUUUAAAGUUACACAAAAGACACGAGAAGACGAGAAGAGGUCAAAGGAAAGCCUUCCCGUCGCCUGUGCCUCGUGAUCUUUAUGAAGCUCCGUAUAUCGUUGUGUCUUGUAAAAAAAACACUAUGUAAACAUGCCUAUUUUCUUUUCUUAAUACGUAUUUUUCUUAUUGUGUAUUAUGUACUCAGUGAAAGACAUUCAGCAUAGGAGAUUUCGUCCGCUGUAUCAGAUAUCCAUUGAAUCAAAAUACAUUAAAUGGACAGUUGAGUGCAUGUUGAAACCUUUAGUAAAGCGCUUUUAUACUACAGAGAUAUCAAAGAGGGAAAGUCUUUUUAACCUGCUCCAGCUGGAUUUCUGAAACACUGGCCAAAUUAUUGAUCUCUCAGUGACUUCACCGAGCAUUAAGAGGAAGGAAUGGAGUAGUUUGUGGCGGAAGCAAGAGGAGUCUGAAUGUGGAAACGAAUGAAACACCACAGAUUGAAGAGAUGGAAUGACUACGGGAAAAGGGAGAAAAAGAGAGAGAGAAUGACGGUGAGGAUCAGCAAAUGUACUCGUGUGAAAUUAUGAACACGUAAAAAAAAAAAAAAAAAAAAAAAAAAAAAGCUGCAGAAGGAUGAAAAAAAAAGACAAUAUACCUUCCCUGACGCCAUAAAACUGCGAAACUGCGCCUACUGGAUUUUCCUUUACUGAUGAUCUAAUGCUGUAGUUUAAAGAAGUCUUUUUCAUGGAGGUUCCAAUAGUAAAGAAGAAUGAGUGUGCAGUUAAUUUGUUUGUACCUUCGCCAUACUUAAGUCUCAAGAGGUGUUCUCGUUGUUGUGAACUCGUUAGUCUAAGAAUUAAUUACUCGGUGCCACCUUAUGUUCGUCUAUUUUGUACAUAGCAAACAAAAAUAAACAGGAGGAUGAGCAAUGU